AUGAAUAGUCAUAAUAAUCCCAAGAAGCGCCGGCUCUCCGGCCACGAGGAUGCCCCUGUGGUAGUCACCCAGGAUCCUUCAUCUACUGCAUCUGCCGCGUACUCGCCUCCGGUAUACUUCACCGAGCGUGAGUUACAAAUACUCCGCGAUGCCGCCUCAAUUCUUGACUGCUCCGUGUCUCAGCUUCUCGACCUAGAUAAGUACCAUCGUCAGUCUAUAGCCCACCCAACCACCAAGAGGCUUCGCCUCAACACCGAUAUACCACCUAUGUCUGUCCAGGAGAACUCAUCGACAGGCCCACCUCGCCGUCACAGCCAGGAAUGUCUCUCAAGAGGCGACACUGAUGGUGCCAGCUUCUCUCUUGGCAUUAGAGGCUCCAGGCUUGCAUCCCAUUUUGCCAGCGUCUCCUUCUGUCUACCAUGCACCAGUUCUUAUACCGGAAUUCCGUCUACGUCUUAUGACCAUGAACCCAAGCAUCAUGUAGGAGAGCGUGCGUCUGUAUCUUCGCCCCAACCAUGGACUCUUCCACCGGCACAGGUCGCUACUUUUGCCUACGAUGGAUCUCCGCAUUCUCAGCUAUUGCCUGAAUAUCCUGUGCUGCAGCCCACACAAGCACAGCCAAGCACUAGAAGAGAAGAGAUGACAUAUCAAAUGGCUUCACCUGUUCAAAAGCACGCUGGCCGCCCUGACCGUCAAGGAGAGCAGCGAGCAAAUGAUCAUGUGAUGGCCACACAUGAUAUGAAUUAUCGCCAGCGAACUUACAUGAAUCACGGGGAUUCUGUGUCUCAAUAUGGUCAAGGCACACGUUUCUUGCCAUUGGAGGAAGACGGAUCCCAUGCAGUACAACAGUCUCAUGGUAAUCUAGACAUUGUCUCAAACAACCAGCGCCCUCCCCCAGCUAAGAGGGGACCUUUCAAGAACAACUCAGAUCGAGAAAGAACGGCCGAGACACGCAGAAUCGGCUCGUGCAUCCGUUGCAGAAUGCAGAGAAUUCGUUGUGAGAUAAACCCAGAUGACAAGGCGGGCACAUGCCUAACUUGCACCAAGGUUUCAAAUGCAAAGGUUUGGCGGUUGCCUUGUCUCCGUUACAAAAUCACGGACGUGAGAUUAUUCAAACCAGGUCAGGUCAAGGGACAUGAAUGGACUCGAAGGUGGACGGAGGGGAUCGCAGAUGAUAUCUCCCAAUGGGCAUCGUCCGAGACGAGAAUGGUGUGUGUGACGGAAGGUUACACGCAACGGCCAGUCCGACUGCGAGUUCGUAAAUUCAUCCCGCAAGAGGGAGAUGCGCUGGAGCGAAGCUGGGUGCACAAUGGGGUCAGGAGAAGUGUCGAAGUUCCCCCAUACGCAAUUGUAAAUCUCGACGAGGCCAAGUCGACGUAUACGGACCAUAUCGGCGCAGGGCUGAAAGAGUGUUGUCGGCGGGUCGUAACGACCAAGGACAAGCUCAUCGGAGGAACUUAUGGAUUGGCCUUGAGCGUCAUGAUGGACGAAUCGACCGACCCUAAGGCGGCCGACCUCUUGAGGAAGGCGUUUCGGUUGUGGAUGGCGAUUCGCAUGACCACCAAGUCGACGUUCAUCGUUGGCGAUGAGCGUCUCGAUAUGGCUCCAGACAUCAUGGACGAGACAAGUCCACUACAGGGACACAUCCCGCUGCCACCAGUUAUGGGGGCACAAAUCGAGCUUGUUCUCAUACAUCAGCUGCAGUCGAAAUGGAGGAGAGAAAUGCUCGACGGGUUACAGGUCAUGACGCAAUCAAAUAACCACUCGACGUGGCUGACGAUUUACCUCGUUACAUUUAUACUGCUGCAUAACGUAUCGCUUCUAUGCCAGCACGACGCGGGAUAUGCUCGAAAGCACGGCAUCAAGGCUCGUUUCGCACGAGAGGAUAUGGUCAGGGAGUAUCAACUUGGCAUAUAUCCUUUCUCUGUGGAGUGCAAGGAUCAAGAUCUCAGCACGCUAGCGAAACUGGAUGCGACCAAGAUCAAAUUUGUCCAGCGGACAAGGGCAAUUGUGGAAGAACAACGCAAACAUUGGCAGAAGACUCGCCAGAGCAAUGAUUAUGAGCAUGACUUGUACUUCAUCAGCCAGCUUUACGAAGAAAACUGGGCACCCCAACCGCCGAUGGUCUGA